AUGCGGAUCGAAGAGCUCGUUAUUGAGGGCUUCAAAUCUUACCCUGUUCGAACGCAAAUUACUGGAUGGGACGCCUCUUUUAAUGCAAUUACUGGUCUCAAUGGAUCCGGCAAAUCCAACAUUCUCGACGCGAUAUGUUUUGUUUUGGGAAUUACAAACAUGGCACAGAUGAGAGCUUCGAACCAGCAGGAUCUCAUUUAUAAGCGGGGUCAAGCAGGAAUCACAAAAGCCAGCGUGUCGAUAGUUUUUGACAAUUCCGACCGAUCAAAGAGCCCGCCUGGUUAUUUGGACUAUAAGCAAAUCACUGUGACACGACAGAUUGCUCUUCCCAACGUGUCCAAGUACUUGAUCAAUGGACACAAGGCUCUUCAAGCCAACGUGCAGACUCUCUUCCAAUCCGUUCAGCUCAAUAUCAACAACCCUAAUUUCGUCAUUAUGCAAGGUCGUAUCACCAAGGUCCUAAAUAUGCGCCCUCAAGAAAUUUUGGGAAUGGUAGAGGAAGCUGCCGGGACGCGUAUGUUUGAGGAUAGGAAGGAGAAGGCGAAGAAGACCAUGAGCAAAAAGGAAAAGCGAAUGCAAGAAAUCAAAUCCAUCCUCGAUGAAGAGAUCACCCCAAAACUCAACAAACUGCGGAACGAGAAGCGAUCGUUCAUGGCCUACCAAAAGUCUGCGAGCGAAUUGGAGCGCAUCGGGCGCAUACUACGUGCCAAAGACUGGACCGACUGUCAGAACAGGGCUGAGGAGAAGCAGCAAGAUAUCGACAACGCAGAAGAUACGAUCGAGCAAAAGGAGGCGGACAAGAAGAAGGCUGCUCGUGAGUGCGAGGCGGCAGAAAAGGAGAUCGCGUCAGUGACAAAGAAGCGAGACGCAGAGAUGAGCAAAGGCGGAAAGCUGAGGAAGUUGGAGGAGCGAGCGAAGGAGCUAGGGAACCAGGCUACGAAGCUUCGGACGCAGGCAGAGAUAAAGGUCGGAAGCUUGAAGGCGGAAGGAACAAAUGUGAAAAAUCUGGAGGCGCAAAUGAAACAGUCAGUCGAAUCUCUCGCCGAGAGGCGAAAACAAGUCGAAGAGAUUGAAGCAGCAUAUAACUCGGUCAAAGACGUCCACAACAGCCUCGAAAAGAAGCUGGCCUCUGACGAAGAACUGCUCGAGAGUCUUCUUACCGGACUUUCCUCAGAUGCAGCCAAAAACAAAGGUGGUGGAUACAUGGCCCAAAUCGCGGAUGCCAAGGCCCGCAUUGCGCAGGCGGCUGCCCUCGAGGAGCAGAGCAAAUUCAAGCUUGGCAUGAGCGAGAAGGAGCUCGUCUCUCUUGAGAGUCGCAUGAAAGCUUUCGCGAAGGAGACCGUCGACAACAAGAAGAAACUCGACAAUGUGAAAGCGGCGGUGGAUUCCUUGGCUGCAAAAGUGACCAACUCAGGGUGGGGCAGCGAGAAGGACAAAGAGCUUGAGAGACAACUCAAGGAGGCGAGAGACGAGCUCAAAUUUGAAAUGGAGUCGCGAGAAAGGGUGAAAGCAAGGAUAGGACGGCUCAAUUUCGACUACGACGACCCGAGUCCUAAUUUCGAUCGCAGCAAGGUCAAAGGGGUUGCCGUAUCGCUUAUUACACUACCAGAAGAACACUACAACAAAGCUACGGCUCUUGAGAUCGCAGGUGGGCAGAAGCUCUUUAACGUGGUGAUUGAGGACGAGAAAGUGGGAAAGGACCUUAUCAAGAAUGGUCGAAUGAAGAAGCGGGUGACUUUCAUCCCACUGACGAAGAUUAAUCCAUAUACGUUGUCGAACCAGAAACUUUCUGCGGCCACCCGUCUGGCUCCUGGCAAAGUUCGCACUGCCCUAUCCUUAGUAGGGUACGAAGAAGACGUCUCAAAAGCUAUCGCCUACAUCUUCAGCGACACCCUUAUCUGCGACGACGCCGAGACCGCUAAACGUGUGACCUUUGCGAAAGAAGUCGGUGUCCGCUCUGUCACCCUCGAGGGCGACGUGUACGAUCCAUCCGGCACACUUAGCGGAGGCUCUGCACCCAGCACGACCAAGGUCCUGAUACAAGUACAGGAGCUCAUCGAGAUCGAGAGCAAGCUGCGUGAAGUACAAAUUCGCCUGAAUGCCCUGUCAAAGGAAGAGGAGAAGGCGCGUAACGUCCGCGCGACAUGGAAGAAUCUUGCACGCGACCUUGAGAUCAAGCAGCAUGAGCUUAAACUUCUUGAGGAGCAGGUGGGAGGAAGCAAUGCAUCGCUGAACGCAGGCGAGGUUGAGAAGGUCAAGGCUACGAUCGAUAGCCUACGCCAGGCGAUUAAAGAUGCCCAAGAGCAACAAAAAAGCGAGAAUGCUGAAGUCAAGAAGCUCGAACGUGACAUGCACGAGUUCAAGAACAACAAGGAUGGCAAGAUCGACGAGCUGAAGGCAAGCAUAAGCAAGCAAAAGAAAGAUAUGCAGAAACACGCGGUCCAGCUCAAGACUCAACAAAAGGAGCUACAGACGGCGACACUUGAGCUAGAGCAGGUUGAGGGCGAUAUCGAGGGUGAGAAGAAGCAGCUGGAAGAGGCGAAGCAGGGGAUUGCGAACAUGCAAAAGGAGCUGGUGCAAUUGCAAGAUGAGGUCGCCGCGAAAGAGGCCGAGGCUACGAAAGCGGACGAAAAGUGGCAGGAGGAGCUAGCUACGCUCAGUCGGUUUGACACCGAGCUGAAGGAGCUCGACCGCGUCGUCAAGGAGAAGAAGGCGCUCAUCUCGCAGGCCGACCUCGACAUCGAGAAACUGAAGCACGACAUCGCUGUCUUCAGCAAAGAUAAGACAGCAGCAACCAAUGGCGCCGCCAACCUGGAGAAGCUACACGACUGGAUCGCGCAUGAGAAGGAUCAGUUCGGGAAGGCUAACACCCAGUACGAUUGGGAAUCUGUUGACAUUCCGGCGCUGCGACAGAAGUCCGAAGAACUGGAGAACUCUCAGAAAGGGUUGAAGAAGAAGAUUAAUCCCAAAGUCAUGAACAUGAUUGAUAGCGUCGAGAAGAAAGAGGCGGACUUAAAGAAGAACAUGGCGACCGUCGAGGGCGACAAGGAGAAAAUUGAGGAGACGAUUGAGGAGCUAGACCGGUACAAGCGCGACGCACUGCAGAAGACCUGGGAGAAGGUUAGCGUCGAUUUCGGGGGAAUCUUUGCGGAGCUCCUACCGGGCAACUUCGCGAAGCUGCAGCCACCCGACGGGCAAGAUCUCAUGGACGGCCUGGAGGUCAAGGUUCAGCUCGGCACCGUUUGGAAGCAGAGCUUGACGGAGCUUAGUGGCGGGCAGAGGUCACUCAUCGCACUCUCGCUUAUUAUGGCCCUCCUCCAAUUUAAGCCGGCGCCGAUGUACAUCCUGGACGAGAUUGACGCGGCCCUGGACCUGUCGCACACUCAGCAUAUCGGCCAGCUCUUCCGGACGCGGUUCAAGGGUUCGCAGUUCAUCGUCGUGUCGUUGAAGGAGGGUCUGUUCACGAACGCGAAUGUCCUCUUCCGGGCACGUUUCCGUGAUGGCACAUCUAUCGUUGAGAGAACGGCUCAAAGGUCCACGUCGGCGUUGUACACAAACGGCGACAAGGAGGGUGACGAAGAGAACCAACGGAAUCCAAGGAGAAGGGGUACGGCGAAGAGCUGA